UAGAUAGAUAGAUAGAUAGAUAGAUAGAUGGAUGAAAAUGAGAGUGAAACCUCUCCUGUCAACAUAAUUUUGGAGAUGAGUGAUUUAGACAUUUGGUUUGUUUUAGAAAAGUUCUUCCUGUAAAGGUUACCCUGUGAUUUUUUCCCCCCAAUUUACCUUGUAUUGAGCAAGGCCCUCAAAAUGUCAACAUUUCAAAUAUUUUCUAUUGCAUUGAUCCUGGAACGGUAACUCUUACUUUUAUUGUUUCUAGAAGGGUCCUGGUGCCAGAAGAGAAGAAUGAUUGAUGGCAAACAGACUGUAAACACUCAUCAUUUUGGGUCUAUCGGCUGAUUCAUCAGUUUGGCUGGCUGUUCCUCAUGAGCCGGAAAAAACGGAGGAUCGCUCGGGAUUAUUGACGAUACAGCUGUGGCCUGGCAACACUGCUAAAUUGUUACCUGGAUUUGGACAUUAUCUGCAUAAGUGAUUAAAAGUCCUGAAACUCCUGGGAAUGUAGCAAGCAUCCUUCACUUGGCUUUGAACGACGUAUAAUAUGCUUGGCUUCCACCAAAGUUUCCAAAAUUAAAAACACAGUUGUUGUAACUUAAGCUCUUCUCUCCUUUGGAACAUAUUCUGCAAUAACGUUGCCUCUCCCCAUGUAUAUUUAUGUAUAAUAAAGACUGCACUUAGUUCCAUAUUGGUGAUUGCUGUCAAGGCACUCGAAAGGAUAUAGAGAUGUAUUUGUCAAGAUUCCUCUCUCUCCAUGCCCUGUGGGUUACUGUGUCUUCGGUAAUGCAACAUUAUCCUUCCGUUUGGGGACAUUACGAUGUGUGCAAGACACAGAUUUAUAUGGAUGAAGACAAGAUCUGGGAUUAUACAGCCUGUCAGCCUGAAGCCAUAGAUAUGAUGAAACACGUUAAAGUAAACCUGGAGCCACCUAAUAUAACAUGUGGAAAUCCACCGGAGACCUUCUGCGGGAUGGGGAAUCCCUACAUGUGCAAUGAGUGUGAUGCAACCAUUGAUGAACUGGCACAUCCACCUGAACUGAUGUUUGAUGCCGAAGGAAGGCAUCCCUACACCUUUUGGCAGUCGACCACAUGGAAAGGUUACCCAAAGCCUCUCCAAGUGAACAUUACCCUGUUUUGGAACAAAACGGUCGAACUCACAGACAACAUAGUCAUCACCUUUGAAUCCGGCCGCCCAGACCUAAUGAUCCUGGAGAAGUCCCUCGACUAUGGACGGACGUGGCAACCGUACCAAUAUUAUGCUACAGAUUGUCUAAAUGCUUUUAACAUGGAACCAAAAACAGUGAGGGAUUUAUCUCAGCAGACAGUCCUAGAAAUCAUUUGCACAGAAGAAUAUUCCACGGGGUACAUGGCCAACAGUAAGAUCCUCCACUUUGAGAUUAAGGAUAGAUUUGCAUUCUUUGCUGGGCCUCGGCUUCAUAAUAUGGCUUCUCUCUAUGGGCAGCUCGACACCACCAAGAACCUCAGAGAUUUCUUUACUAUCACAGACUUGAGGAUAAGACUGCUCAGGCCAGCAACUGGGGAAUUAUACGUGGAUCCACAGCACAUGACACGCUACUUUUAUGCAAUCUCCGAUAUAAAAGUAGUUGGAAGGUGCAAGUGUAAUCUUCAUGCCACUGGCUGCAAAGUUGAAAAUAAAAAAUUAUUAUGCGAGUGUGAACACAAUACCACAGGCCCAGAUUGUGGGAAAUGUAAGAAGAAUUAUCAGGGACGGCCUUGGAGUCCAGGUUCCUAUCUGCCCAUUCCUAAGGGCACUGCAAAUAUCU